AUGGGGGCUUAUAUUAAUCUGGGAGCUCUUAUGGGAAUUCCUACUGCAGUAUUGUUAGCUUUUGUCCUGCACAUGGGAGGGAAGCAUAUGUUCUUCACGGGGUCUUUGGAUGGGAAUCACAGUGGCGCAAGCACUGUGAAGAAAGCUUCGGAUAGAGUGCAUGACGCAAUGGCCGUGGCGGAUGCAUCGUCGUAA